AUGCUCCAGGACGUCGAAGACGCCUACACGCUUUACGAGAACCCAGUCACAACUCUCCUCUACCUCCUCUCCAAUCCUCUCAUCCUAGCCCACACAGCUCCUCACCUCUCCGCUCAUGAUCGUCUAAGUCUUGCAUCCACGAGCCGAGCAUUCCGAGAACUUAUCAAGCACACCUCUGGUGUAUUCAGACACCUUGAUCUCAGCCAAGUCCGCGGAGCGCAGUUUGACAUUGACGGCAUCGACCGUGGAGGCGAAGUCUGGCGCAACGUUCAGCUCGAUGAGAAUUUGACCGAAGAUGACUUCUACUCGGGUCCGCUGAGGGGCAUCUUCUCCAACAUUCGUAGACAAAACAUCCUGCAGGAUGUACAAACGCUGAUCCUCGACGGCCUGUCCGUGACGGCCGAGCUUUGCCACGAAAUCAUUCUCGACUCGGUCUACAGCGUACGUCUUCUCUCCAUUCGCGGGGUCAAGAAUCUCAACGAGCGCAAGCUCUGCGGUUCCCUUCAGUAUGCCUGCAGACCGUCGCGGCCGGAGGGCAUGCCUCGACUCAAGGGCCUGUACGUUUUUGGUGCCAAAGACACUACACUGACGGCGUCGGGCGUCUCAUUUGGCGCAGCUUCACACGCAGCGCAGAUCGGCGCAGGGUGGAACGCCAAGUCGCAGCAGGCGUUGACCUCCUCCCUGCGCACCGAGGGAGAUGAGUGGUAUCAGAAAAAGGGCCGCAUCAUCACACGCCCCUUGGUGGACGAAUGGGCCAACGCUCUGGUAGAUUGCCAUGGCAUCAUUGCUUUCGAUGGUCUGGCUUGCACCGGUCCCCACCACAUGAAUUCACCAGCGUACGGCAAGGCGAGAAUUCCACCCGCAGCCCGGCAUUGGGCGGUGGCCACGGUCGCGUUGGGCGGUUGCGCUGGGUGCGGCGCUGCUCCGGAAGGCAUGUCGGUCCACAGCGGCACGCCUGCGAUCCAUCGCCCGCUAUUGUCGCCUCCGCCACUCUUGACUUCGUCAGUCAAGGCCGCGACUACACCGCACUCCGGGCCGGGAUCGAACUCAUCCUUCGUUGCACGGUGCAUCGACUGCCUCCGAGAGCGUUACUGCGCCGGCUGCAACAAGUGGUGGUGUGAGGAAUGCUACCAGGCGCCCGGCGCCGUGACCGAGCUGGCCGACUCGGACGUGAUCGUCGUCGACGCCGAGGGCGGCGCCUGGGUCCAGCACCAGGAACACGAGAGCCAGUCCAAGAUCAAGGUACGAAACGGCGCCUGCUUCCCGAACUGCUCCAUGGGCGAGGUCAUCGAUACACAGAGGGUGUUGCUGGGUUGA